UGCGACCUGAAAUCGGUCGCUCGCUUCAAAAGAAUCGAAGCAAAGAUGGAUUCCUGAGAAAUUUUUAUAUAUACAGCAGUCGUGCGACUUUCGGUGUACGUCCCGUCGUGAAAUUCCGCCGCGUGCCGCCGCCCGGAGGACCAGCGUUCUUUUAUGAACAGCCGCACGUCGUGAACGAUGAUCGUGCAGGAGCCGGUGCAGGCAGCCAUAUGGCAUUGUUUGAAUCACUAUGCUUAUCCAGAUGCCAUAUUUCUGGCAGAGAGAUUGUGUGCAGAAGUGGACACGGAGGAAAGUUUGUUUCUUUUGGCGACAUGCUACUAUCGUUCUGGCCGGGUUAGACAGGCUUAUGCCUUAUUAUCUCAAAAGGCACCCAUCUCGGCGCAGUGUAGGUUUCUACUAGCCAGAUGUUGUUACGACUUGGAAAAGUACGCGGAAGCGGAAGCCGCGAUAAUCGGCGGGUACUACAAGCAGCUGAAGAACAUGGAGGAGAUAAUAACUCAGUUCGGGGAACAGGCGUGCUUUUCCCUGCAGAUUAUAGCGAAAAUUUAUUACAAAAUGAUGCGCACUGCGAGGGGCAAUGAGGCGCACAAAUUGGCGUUAAAGCUCAAUCCCUUUCUCUGGCACUCGUUCGAGGAGCUCUGCAACGUGGGCGAGAAGGUGGACCCCGCCAAGGUCUUUCAGCUAGAUAAACUAGAUUCCUUCGCCAUGUGCCACGGUACCGCGGCCACGUUUAACUACGUCGCUGAGCCGGAUCUUAUUGUACCUGGAAAUAACGCCAACAGUACACCCAUAUCGAAUGGCACUAACAUCACGCCUAUGCAUAUGUCGACGGCGGUACCGACGCUGAUAAGUGGCGGCCAAGCGCGAUUCCAUUCCACGUCAGGCUCCUCCGUCGAGGAGAGCCCGCAGAACGCACCGGUGUACUAUAGUUCCUCGAUAUCGCCGAAGCCCAAGCUCUCGCGUUACCGCAGCAUGUUCAACAAUCCCAUGAGCCCUCUCACGCCUAGCUUCGGUAUUUUGCCAUUGGAGACCAACACACCCGAGCCCACCGGUCCGCCCUCGCACGCGACUCUCACGGAAGCGAACGACCAGAAGAGCCUGGCGAAGCGCGUCAGCAGUUUGAGAGCUCAUGUAGGGCAAUUAAUGUCGAGGAAAGAGGCGCCGCUGCAGCAGGGCAAGUCAGUAUUUUCCCAGUCGGGUAACGCAAGUAACACUGCCAAUAUCGUGACAGUGACCACCGCCAAUCCGACCUCGCCUCCGUCGCCGACGUUCCAGGGCACGAACGUUCGACGCUCGUCGCGACUCUUUAGCCACAACUCAGUAAAAGAAAAUAAUAAAUCGCCCAAUAGGAACAAAUUCGCGACGCCGAAGUCUCCGUCUAGGAAAACGAAGGCGAGGCUCGCGAAAACGAACCUGAACAAGACCAACUUCAACGAGCUGAACGAGAGGAACAGAAGCGAGAAGGAGAAGAGCGAGACAAUCACGUCGGAGAAGGCCGUAGCUAACGCGAACGCGCUCAACACGCAGAACAGUAACAUCCACUCUGGGAUAGCGUUGCAGAAGCAGUCGGCAGAGGGACUGAUGUCUUUGUUACGCGACUUGGGAAUGGCGUAUCAACACUUGAGUCAAUUUAAAUGUACGCAGGCCAUUGAGAUACUCUGUACACUGCCAAUGCAGCAUUACAAUACCGGUUGGGUGCUCUCCAUGCUGGCACGCGCCUACUUUGAAAUGAUGGAUUAUAAAAAGGCUGUUAGUCUCUUUGCCGAGGUGCGGUUGCUGGAACCGCAGAGAACGGAACUGAUGGAGGUAUACAGUACCGCUCUCUGGCAUCUGCACGCGGAGGUGCAGUUGUCCACGCUUGCCCAGGACCUGGUCUCGCAGGAUCGUAACUCGGCGGCGGCGUGGUGCACGACGGGCAACCUGUUCUCGGCGCAGACCGAGCACGAGACGGCCAUUAAAUUCUUCCAAAGAGCCAUUCAGGUGGAUCCCAAUUUCCCGUACGCCUACACGUUACUGGGACACGAGUACGUCCUGAACGAGGAGCUGGACAAGGCUAUUACCGCCUUUCGCAAUGCAAUCAGACUCGAUCCGAGGCACUACAACGCGUGGUUUGGGCUGGGAACGAUAUUUUCGAAGCAGGAGCAGUACAGCCUAGCGGAGCUGCACUUUAAACGAGCCUUACAGAUAAACCCGCAGAACUCUUCGCUGAUGUGCCACAUAGGCGUCGUGCAGCACGCCCUGAAGAAGACCGACCAGGCGCUAAAGACGCUCAACACCGCGCUCACCAGCAAUCCGGAUAACACGCUGUGCAAGUUCCACCGCGCGAGCAUCAACUUUUCCAUCGGUCGAAAUACCGAAGCGCUCAGAGAGUUUGAGGAACUGAAGAAUAUUAUACCCAAAGAGUCUCUAGUCUAUUAUUCGAUAGGAAAGGUGCAUAAAAAAUUAGGUAAUACCCACCUCGCGUUAAUGUACUUUAGUUGGGCGACGGACCUAGAUCCAAAGGGCGUUAAUAGUCAAAUCAAGGAGGCUAUACUGAGUCCGAGUCAGGGAGACGACGACUCCCCACCGACGCAAUCAGACGAGCAGCAGGCACAGAACAACUCGAUGGAGCAGGACGCCGAGACGAGUAGGGAAGGCGGUGCUACGCCCAGGAACUCCUCCGUAGAGCGAGCGACUCCGCAACUCCACGCUGACGACAGCGACGACAGUUUAUGAGAGCAGAAUGCGAGGCUGCCGUGAAGCAGAAUGAAGCGACGUUGUAACGCGCCGCUAUCCGUCGCCGUUAUCGAUCAUCCGGUCGCUCUUCAUUCUCCGCCAACUCGCGGGCACUUGCAGGAUCGACUCAGUCACUGAUCAUUGAUUCGUUGAACCUCCCGGGGAGUCGCUGCGUUACCCUCCCUCCGGCGUCUCUCGCGAGCUUGCACGCACAAAUGCGGUGACGCGCUUGGAAGACUCGCGUUCUAUCGCGUUUGCCUCUGUAUAUUUUUUUUACCAUUCGGUCGGCUUUUGCAUUUUUUUUCCUCCGUUCUUUCGAUCAUACGUUUCUCGUGCCUCGUUCCGCGGAUCGAGUCCCUCGAGUGCGACGUGACAGCAUUGACGGAAGCUCGAGAGAUCGAUCAGGCUCGAGCUGAGCGAAGGAGAACGAAGGGACGGUUCCCGUUCGCGGGCGACGUAUCGGGGAUUUUUCGAUUGCGAUUGUGGGGACUGCAUCGACGUUGUCGCAAGGAAGGAAGGAACGUGUAACCGUAAGCAUGUCGUACGUAGUUAGGUAGCGUAAUUAAUUAAUCGUGCGAGUAAGAGAAGAAGACGAGGGCAGAGUCUUGUGUAAAUGUAAAUUAUUAUUAUUGUGUAUUUACAGCUAUUAUUACUGUAUUAGUGCUACAUUAUUAUUAUUAUUAUUAUUAUUAUUAUUUGUAUGAUUAUCUUUGUUGAUUAUGGAGAUAUCGUGGCCGCUCGGUGUAGGAGCGGUCACCGAACAAUCGUGCAAUUCUCAUGGCGAUCCUUCGAUCGGAAGAAAAGAAAGGAAUAUUCGAAUCGCAGAUUUGCGAUCCCAGAUGAUCCAGUAACCGUGCGACUAAAAAUUCGGCUUCGAUCUCGAUUCGAUAUCCGGAGUUAGCGUAACCCGCCUCGCAAAUGUCUAUAUAUACACACACACACACACACAUACACCGACACAGAGAUAUACGCGUACACUGAAUGAAUAUAUAAACACAAAAACGUUGGUCGGAUUCUUUAUUCUUACUGCUAAAUGGAAAUCUGCGACGUCGGUCUUCGUAUCUAUAUUAAGUGUACAAUUGCAACUUGUGUCAUUAUCAGUCUCACGGGGAUUUCCCUGGAGCCGAUACGUCUUGUAUUCCCGAAAGAAAGAAGCGUACGCAAACGAGUACAGCCGUCUGCUACCUGCUCUGUAAUCUCCAGCGAUUUGAAUUACAUUAUCGUAUUAUCGCGCGUAACGUUUUAUAUUGUACACAUAAUUUAACGAGAGACGUCUCACAGAUGGAAAAAGAAAAAUAGACGAACUGCCGACUGAGAAAUGCAUCCCUGUGUGCCGCAAGACGCGCGUAUCCCUCUUACUUUCUCUAUUCCUUCGUAUCUUUCGUGUCUUUCAUUCCGAUUAAUUAAUUUAUUUAUUAACUUUCUUAGGGUCACUUCGACCAAAGUCCAGUUAAUUUAAUCUUCGAUUAACGUGAGUUAAUCUCUUCGUCUGUUUCUAAGGCAGGUAGUUAGAAAAGGACGAAGAGUGAGUUAAUCGAAGAUUAAAUUAACUGGACUUUGGUCGAAGUGGCCCUUAGUCUCUCUUUCUCUCUCUCUGCAUUUCUGUAUUCUUUUUUAUUUCAUGAUAGUUUCCUCUCUCUCUCUAGUAUUUAACACUAUUAAAAUUAAAUCUGUCUCGUUAAAUCAUUCUACCUGAAAAUAAAAGGAAGCCAAAUUA